AUGUACCGGCAGGGCGAAGACGUAUGCCGACGCUGCAUCAACCUGGCUAAUGAGGAGAGGAAGCAAGAUGACAAGAAGAAGAAGGAUGACGAUAAGAAAAAGGACAAGGAUAAGAGGGCGCAAGAUAAGGUGGACAAGGCGGCGAGGAUGAAGGCCUGGGCUAAGAGCAAUAAGGCGGAGAAAGAUGCUAUUAAGCGCUCUGGUGGGUACUGA